UGGACCACGCUGCGUAUGAGUCCUGUUGUAAACACUCAAGGUUAAGCAACAUAACUUGUAGACUUCCAUUAAUUUGUAAAAAUAUUUUACGUAUAAAAUGGCAUCUGCACAAAGUUUGAAUGUAAAUAACAAUGCAGACGAUACAUUUAAAAUCUUAAUUGCAACGGAUAUUCACCUUGGUUAUGAUUAUAACAAAAAGAGGGGGAUGGAUUCAGAAGAUAGUUUUGUAACAUUUGAAGAAAUACUUCAACAUGGUAAAAAGCAUGAAGUAGAUUUUAUACUCCUUGGUGGAGAUUUAUUUCAUGAUACCAAACCAUCGCAAACUGCAAUAAUAAAAUGUAUGGAAUUAAUGAGAAAAUACUGCUUAGGUCCUAGAGAAAUCAAGAUAAAAUUCUUGAGUGAUCCUGAAGUUAUAUUCCAACAUUGCACUUAUAAAACUGUGAAUUAUGAAGAUCCAAAUUUAAAUAUCAGUAUGCCAAUAUUUUCUAUUCAUGGCAACCAUGAUGAUCCAAGUUUUGGAGCUGUUGGAUCAAUGGAUUUAUUGUCAGUAUCUGGUCUAAUAAAUUAUUUUGGAAAAUGGACAGACCUCACUAAAAUAACUAUUCCCCCAUUAGUAAUAAAAAAGGGAAAAACCUGUAUUGCACUUUAUGGUUUAAGUUACAUAAAUGAUCAAAGGCUAUCUCGAUUAUUGAGAGAUUAUAAGGUGGAUAUGUUACAACCAGAAAAUAUACCAAAUUGUUUUAAUAUACUUGUUCUACACCAAAACCGUGUACAACAUGGUAGUGAAUAUGCACAUAUUUCACAAAAUAAGUUUCCUGAUUUUCUUAAUCUUAUUAUAUGGGGACAUGAACAUGAAUGCCGUAUUACACCAGAAUUUGUUACAGAUACGGAAUAUUUUGUUUCCCAACCAGGAAGUUCCAUAGCAACUUCUUUGUGCGAAGCUGAAGCAAAACCUAAACAUAUCGGUCUCCUAAGCAUAAAAGAUAUGAAAUUUAAAAUGAAAAAAAUAAAGUUGCAAACUGUCAGACCAUUUGUCUUUGAUAAUUUAAUACUUUGCGAUCAGAAUAUAUCAGCAAAUUACAAUCAAUCGCUGUCAGAGUCUGUGUAUACUUUUGUUGAUGAUUACAUUGAAAAUGUGCUUGUACCUAAAGCUGCUGAGCAACUAACAAAUCAUCCUAAGCAACCUAUUCAACCUUUGAUUCGCUUAAGAAUAUUUUAUAGUAGCGAUGAUGAAAUAUUUGAUGAGAUUACAUUGGUACAGAAAUACUGUGAUGAAAUUGCUAAUCCCAUGGAUAUGAUAGUAUUUCGUAAAGAAAGCAGUCGUAGUAAAAAUUCAAAAGGGAAUAUAGAUGUUAAUGAUGAUUUAGAUGAUAUGGCACAAGCCCUCGCCUAUGAUAAUGAGGACAAUCAAGAUUGGAACAAAACCGUACAAGGAGGAAUAAAGAAGCAUUUUAGUUCAGAUUCAAAUAAAGAUGUCUUAACAGUACUAUCAGUCAAUGGCUUAAAUGAAGCAUUAAAUCGGUUUGUUGGUUCAGGUGACACAGAUGCUUUUAAAGGUAUAAUAAGGCAUCAAAUGAAAAAAACUAUGGCACAUUUGGAAACCUGUAAUGUCGAUGACACUGAAAGUAUAAUCAAAGAAAUUAAAAAUUUUCGUGACAAAAGAAGGGAAAAAGAGGAAGAGGAACAACAGGAGAUAAAAAAAAUGUUCAGUAAUACAAAAAAGACAACUAGAAAAACUGCAGAUACUGAAAUUGUCAUUAGUAGCGACGAAGGUGAACAAAUACAAAAAAUACCCGCAAAAGCAAAGCGAGGUAGAGGUACGGCAAUUAGAGGCAGAGGUUCACGAGAACAUGGUCCUGGUAAAACUAACGCGAACGUAAAAAAUACUUUAGAUAUAACAACUACAACACGAAAUCCCAAAACUACUAAACAAACCAAACAGACUCAGAGUAAGUUAAAAAAUUUCAUGCCCACAUCAAUGAGCCAAACUAAUUUAUCUAAAACCAGCUAUUAUCUUCAAUCGGAUGAUUCUGAUUAAAAUAUAAAUUAAGCAACCAG